UGAAGCCGCCCAAAGAUAUUAAAGAAUCAAAUUGUGAGACAGUGCUUCAGAACAUGGCUAAAAAACCAGAUGGAAUUACUGAAGAGAUUCUCCGUAUACACACAGACAACUGCGCAUUAUUGGGAAAAUCUCUAGCCACCAAUGCACGUAUAGACAGUGCAGCAGAACAAGACCAGAACAACAGAGCUUUCUUUGAAACUUUGAUCCCAGAGCUGAGAAAUGUCAGGAAAGAGGACAUUCUGCUCUGUCGUAACGACGUGUCGAGGGUGAUAUUUAAAUAUGCCUACAAGGAUGCUACAUGGAAGUCGAUCAACGAUGGCCCAAUGGAAGGAAGUUCUGCAGCAACUAGUACUUCACUAUCAUCAAGAAGAAAGAGAGAAAGAAUAAAUGACGAUAAUGACUGCCAAAUUGUAAGUGCGUAUCCACCCCGACGAUACGUUCAGCCCAAUCAAUAAUAAUUGAUUGGAUAUAUCUUUCAGAAAUGAUGCAGCUUGGCUAUGACCCCUAUUUAUAUCCUCCUCAUUCAGCAUGGAGGUCUAAUGGCCCAAUGUACGAGCAGCACGUACUUCCAUACCCUGGACAGCGCCAGGAGUGCCACGGUCAAGUUGGAAUGUCGAGGCCAAUUCCUGCCCCCAAUUCUCACCCUGAAUUGAUCAACGGACAAAGUUCAGCAUACCAUGCCUUUCCUGGAGCGGGCCAUGUAUCAGGACCAAUUCUCCCAAGCCCAGCAUACACCCAAGGCAUUAAUCCAAUGCCUCCAGCAUCCAAUCAGUGCCAGGAGUGCCAUGGUCAAGGUGGAAUGUCGAGGCCAAUUCCUACCCCCAAUUCUCACUCUCAAUUGAUCAACAGGCAAAUUCCAGCAUACCCUGCCUUUCCUGGAGCGAGCCAUGUAUCAGGACCAA